AUGGCUGUGUCAAAUUCAAUAAUUCGUGCUGGUUUACUUUACGACUUCACACUUGGCAGUAAAGCCGCAGAAUCUUGCCGUAAGAUAGGCUCUGCUUUUGGGGAAGGUGCUGUAGGUGAACGAACGAACCAGAAGUUGUUUAAAAAAUUUGCUUCUGGAAAUGAAAGCCUGGAGCAUGAACCUCGCUCCGGUAGACCAUCGACGCUUAACAACGACGACAUCAAGCUGGCAAUGUCAGACAUGCCAAGCUCUUGA